AUCAAUUUGAGUAACACUAGAGGGCGACAAACCUAUGUUUUCAAUGGAAAAUUUUCAUUGCGAUCAGCUCAACUUCGAACUCUAGAAAAAUCAAAAGAGCUGGAUAUUCUAGUGGAUGAGAGAUUGAUGAAUAACUGUCAACAUGCCUAGUUGUGCAGAUGAGAUCAUUCCACGUCUAUGGCUUGGUGACAUGCAAGCAGCCGAGUCUCUGAACUUCCUUCAUGAUAAGAAGAUCAGCCAUGUUCUAAGCUUAAUAAACGUACCCAUCACGGUACCAUCUGAUGCGAUCAAACAUGUACGAGUCAACAUCCGAGAUCAGCCGGGUGAAGAUUUUCUACAACAUGUAGAGGGCAUCCUGGCUUUUCUGGACGAUGGGCUUGACCCUGCCAAAGAGGGCGGUGUGCUUGUCCAUUGUGCAAUGGGGGUCUCGAGGAGCUCCUCAGCGGUCAUUGCCUAUAUCAUGUACAAGGAGAAGUGCCCUCUUAUGACAGCCCUGAAGAAGGUUGUAGAAAUACGCCCACAAACAUGCCCGAAUACUGGAUUCAUGGAGCAGUUGAAACUGUUCGAAGCCAUGGGCUGUCAGUGUGACCCUGCAAACUCCCAAUUUAAACAACAUCGACUAUCACACUUAGCAGAGGAUAUCCAUUCCAGAGAAGAAAUCCCCAAGGAUCUAAUAGCAUCAGAUCCUGCCAGAUCAGCACCUGGUGCUUCUCGGGAUAAUGCGCUAUACAAAUGUCGAAAGUGCAGGAGAGCGUUGUUUUGUCAGUCCAGUGUCAUCGGUCAUGAGAACACCAAAGGUCUUGGGAACUUCGGCUGGCAUAAAGACAAAGGUCAGAGGUCAAAGUUCAGCAGUGGGGAGCAAGGGUCGAUACGAUGCACAUCAGUCUUUGUUGAACCCGUCUCAUGGAUGGAGUCAUUCCUUAUGAAUGUUCUUGAAGGAAAGAUAUCUUGCCCAAAGUGUGAUUCAAGAUUAGGCUCGUUCAAUUGGUCAGGUGCACAAUGUUCCUGUGGUGUGUGGAUGACGCCUGCUUUCCAGAUCCAUCUCAACAGAGUAGAUCAUAUGGUUCCUGUCCCGUGAAGCCUUCUCAGUUUCCGCCAAUUCUGCCUUCAGAGGGCGAAACACGAUGAUGCGACGGUGAUGGGUCGCGACCUCCAUGCUUGAUCUGCACCAGCUGUUGGUAGAAUGUGCUCCGCUUUUUCAUGUGGCGCGAAUGAAAAUAUAAAGUCCGACCUCGCUUAUCUGGAUCUUUCUAUUAUCCAAAUGCACACAGGAAUGCAAGGGAAUCCCCCCUCAAUGGUUAGGUGACUCUGUCCUGUGUGAUUUGUCUAAUACUGCGAAUACACAAGUAAAAAAGUACUCGUCCCACUGGGAAAGGGGGGGGGGGCACUUUCGUUGAUGAGUGGAUACCAGGCGCGACCAAAGAAGUGCGUAAAAAGGAUCUCUUUUUCAAGAUUGGGCACGUUACAUAUGUAAUGUAUUAAAUAAGGAUGUCAAAACACUAAAAUACUGAAAAAAAAAGGUAGGAAAGCUACGUUUUUAACGGUCGAAUUUGCGAGGGUAAAAAAGGACUAAAAUGCUUUAUAAACUAUGUGUUUAGGGUCUGAUUUGAGCAAGGUGUGGGAGGUGGGGCUGUACUAAACCCAAUGUAAGUAUAGGUAAAGUCGACGUCCGUGAUCACGUCUGUGACAUAACAAUCAUAAUAUCACUGUACUUGUCUAGGGGGUCAAUUUAGGGAAUACUUGUCAAAGGUACCGUUUUGUUUCCAAAAUACUUGUU